UCAAUCAGCAUCCAGCAACAUUGUGCAAUUCCCAUACAGGAAAAGAAAGAGCUGGGAGUGAGCCGAAGUCAUAUAAAAUACAUAGCAGCAAAGUGGAAAAAUUGAGGAAAGCAGGAAAUGAAUAUGCAAAAAAGGGCAGAAGGGAUAUGAAAAAUGCAAAUAGCCAAAUCGAGUUCAAUGAGAAAUGCAGCUAACCCUAAGCCGAGCGUAUUUACACAAUUUCACAUGCAAGGCAACGGCAACAGCAGUGGUAUUCAGGUAGUUCGGGGCACACAGGACCUGGUCACAGUGCGAAUACAAAUGCGACUCACUGUGCAGAUUGCUAAUUGUGGCUGACUGGUAAACCGAAGAAAGCAAGAGCGUCGCAUGAAAAAUGCAUUAAAUGCAACCACAAAAUAGAGCAAAGAGUAAAACCAAUCAAACGACAAAAAAAGGGAAAUUGCACAUACUGAGCGCGGAGCGAAACAAAAGAAUGACAAAACCAGUUAGCGAAUAUAAAAAUUGAUUUCUGCGGUCUGGAUAGCGGAUAUUGCCCAUAUAUGUACGUCAAUCGCUUGCGAAGGACAGCGUGACAUAAAAAAUUAGCUGAUUUAUAAAUAAACCAUCGUAUUUGUGGGCAAAAGGACAUAAAAUGCAAAAGCCAGCGCUUAAACUGCGUAGACUCUUCAUCAUUACCGCAGUUUACAUAGCCAGUUUGCCAGGUCUCACUGUGGGGCUGCGGAACGUCAACGUUCGCAUACCGUCCGCCGUUAAGCGUGGCGAUAAUGCGCUCUUAAUCUGCAAUUAUGACAUCGAGAACGACACGCUCUACACGGUGAAAUGGUAUCGGGGCAGGCGGGAGUUCUACCGCUAUACGCCCAAGGAGAAUCCGGCCUGGAAGAUAUUUACCAAAACGAACGAAAUCGAUGUCGAGACUGCCCAAUCGAAUGCCAGCCACGUUCUCCUGCGAAAUGUUCCCACCUCGAUAUCGGGCAAAUUUGCCUGCGAAGUGUCCGCGGAUGCACCCACCUUCGAUACUUCCAUCGUGGCCGCCGACAUGGAGGUGGUUGAACUGCCCACCCAACGACCCAUAAUUACCGGCAUCCAUUCAAGAUACCGUCUGGGGGACGUGGUGAAUGGAAACUGCUCGUCGGAUUACUCCAAGCCGGCUGCGAAUCUCACCUGGUGGAUCAACGACAUACAGGUGCCACCCAAUUACCUCCGCAUCUACGACGUUCAGCGACACGUGGCGGAGCAUCUGGAGUCGUCGGUUUUGGAGAUCAAUUUCGUGGUGACGGUGCAUCACUUCAUCAAGGGUCGCUUAAAGUUGAAAUGUUCGGCAAGGAUACACGAAAUCUACGCGCAGGAAAGCGAAAAACUAAUCGAGGAAGAUCGUCCCAGGUUUCUGGCCUCUGGCAGAUCGCCCGAUAUGAAUAUGUAUCCAUUCGAUCAGCCGGGGGAUGGAGACGGGCACAACGAACUAUUCUUAAUCCAUUCAAAUGCGGCUUGCGGACCAUUUGCCUGGCAUCCGAUUCUGUUUUUGCUGUUGUGGCCAAGUUAUUGGGUUUUGGGCGCCUGGGAGAACUGGCAGAACUGGCUGUGGAACCUGUUGGAGGUUCGACAUCUCGGCAGGGCGGUGCGGUGAUAGGAUGGCCAGUGGCAGGAGAGAUGGACUUCAGGCGGGACUCGAGACGGAUGAGAAACCCGGCUCGGACUCGGCAAUAACGGAACCCACAUUUAGCGAAUCGAUUAGCAAAUCAACAGUGAAGGGUCCUCAGCAUACCGAAUAUACCUACUCACAUACACCUACAUCUAUGUUAAGUACGUAACUGUAACUGUAACUGUAACUGUAAAGACAAAUGCAUUUCCAAAGACCCGUACUCCUCUACUCCUAAGUAAAGUGUAAAUAGACAACGAGCACUUCCUCGCAUACCCAACAGGAAUAUAUAUAUACUACAUACAUCUAUAUAUAAUAUAUAAAUAUACCUACUCUAAGCAGGAUUCUAAAUGUUUGCUUUCGUUGGGUUUUCGACGAUUUAUUGUUAAGAUUGUGG